CCUCACUUGAGCUAUUCAACACAUCCUUUCCAUACAGUGGCUUAAAGGUUUUGACCUGUCAGAAUGAGGUUCCUAUUUCAUCUGCUUGCCCUGGCUCUCACCAUAACCUCCACGUUUUGUGGAGUCAAGGACUUCACUGAGCAUUUUGAAAGUCUUAAGGAUGCACAGCCACAGGAAAAUGGGACGUAUGAUAUGCCAGAUUUACCGCCGGAGUUCCACAGAGAAAACACUAUCACUAAUGACUUGAUUCCUGAAGAGGAGGAGGAAGAGGACUAUCUAGAUCUUGACAAGAUACUGGGUGACGACGACUACAGUGAUAUUAUUGAUGCUGGCCCAUACAUGGUUUCUGAAAUUCAACAAGGAAAUAUUCUUGAAUUAUUCCAAGGCAAAACCAGAAUCCAGCGCCUCAAUAUCCUGAAUGCAAACUUUGGCUUCAACCUUUACCGCAGUGUGGCGGACAAAGCCAACUCUUCAGAGAAUAUUCUCAUGGCUCCUGUUGGCAUUUCCACUGCAAUGGCUAUGAUUUCUCUGGGUCUGAAGGGUGAAACUCACCAGGAAGUAUUAUCUGUUCUUGGCUUUCAAGAUUUCGUUAACGCCAGCACCAAGUACGAGCUCAUGACUGUUCAUAAUCUCUUCCGCAAACUCACUCAUCGGCUCUUUAGGCGCAAUUUUGGUUAUACACUGAGGUCUGUCAAUGACCUUUAUAUUCAGAAGGACUUUUCUAUUCUGAAUGAUUUCAGAAACAAUAUGAAAACAUACUACUUUGCUGAUGCCCAACCAGCUGAUUUUUCGGAUCCUAACUUCAUAACUAAAACCAAUGAACGCAUCUUGAAGCUGACCAAAGGAUUAAUAAAGGAAGCUCUUGUGAAUGUAAACCCUACAGCACUGAUGAUGAUUCUUAACUGUCUUUACUUUAAAGGAACUUGGGAGAAUAAGUUUCCAGUGGAAAUGACAAUGAAGAGAAGUUUCCGACUGAAUGAGAAGCAAACAAUAAAGGUUCCUAUGAUGCAGACCAAAGGGAACUUCCUCGCUGCCGCAGACCCUGAGCUAGAUUGUGGUGUGAUCCAGCUCCCGUUCGUGGGGAACAUCAGUAUGCUGAUUGUACUUCCACACAAACUCUCUGGCAUGAAAGCACUAGAAAAGCAGAUAACACCUCACGUGGUGGAAAAAUGGCAGAAAAGCAUGACUAACAGAACAAGAGAAGUGGUUCUGCCUAAAUUUAAGCUGGAGAAGAGUUAUAACUUGAUUGGUUAUCUGAGAUCCAUGGGAAUAGAAGAACUGUUCAAUGAAAAAGGCGACUACUCUGGUAUAUCAGAUGAGAAAGUCACCAUUGACAGGUUCAAUCAUCAAGGCACAAUAACUGUGAAUGAGGAAGGCACAGAGGCUGGAGCAAUAACCAACGUCGGGUUCAUGCCUCUUUCUACUCAGAUUCGCUUUGUUAUUGACCGUCCCUUUUUGUUUCUGAUCUAUGAACAUCGUACCAGUUGCCUUCUGUUCAUGGGUAGAGUUGUCAACCCAGCCAAGUCUUAAAAGCAGAGAAGACCUCCAAUACGCUGUUAUACACAGGCUGUAUAAUUAUACGUUAAUAUACUAGUAUCAUAAAGGAAAUUUUUUUGUCAUAUUAGCUAAUAUAAAAGCCACUGGUAUCAAAAGAAAAUAUAUUAUCUACAGGUAGUUUCACAUGAAUGGACAGUAGAUAAUUUGACUGCAAUUUAAAAUGGUUAGUGGCAUGUAUUGAUACAAGUGUAUUAAAAAAAUAAAUCACAAAGUAACUUACACUUUGUGUUCUGCUUCAGUGUAUAAAAUGUAAUCAAUAAAAUAUUUAGACUAUCUGGA